UAUAACUUGACGGGGGACCGACUCCCUUACCCCCGUCACCUCCCGAAGUGCAUUGGUGCGCCGGAAACGUUCCGCUAAGUUCGUGAUUCCGUGUCCGACCUUUUCAAAAUAAAAAUAACAAGCAACGGCGAGGUUCACAGCCACCGCCAUACCAACGGGAUUACCCCAAUGGUAGCCGAGGCCUCCAAUCUCCAAGUGGCAACCGAUCCCUCCGUGCCCCCCUUCCGCCGGGCGCCAUGUCUCUGCUACAGCUGCCGUACGAGCUAGUGGCCUUCGUGGUCUACGAUCUCGAUCUUAGCGACAUCCGAAGCCUCAGCUACUCGUGCAGACGCUUUCGCUUCCUGGUUGAGGAAUCCAAAAUGACAAAACAAAUACUUCAGUCUAGAGCUCCGGAGAGCGCCGAGGCCCGCGAUGCUCAAGAUUCGGGCCAUCAUGCCGCGGGUCUGAGGCGCUUGAUCAAGCGCCGGGAUGCCAUCGCCUCGGUAUCUCCAUAUGCCGCUGUCAUGGUCGCUUUCGCGCAGCAGUGGAUUUACGAGAAUGGCGUGCUCUGCUACUUUGUCGACGGUGAGCUGCGCAUUCUGGACCUGCACGGCUCUGCCGACACCGAGAUGGUGGUCAACCCCCUCGAUCUUGCCCGGAAAGCCAUCCCAGAGACGCACGCACGCCACAAAUACAAGCUAAAGCUGCUGUACUAUUCACACGACAUUAUUUCGAUGGUCUACUCCUUUCGUGGCCACGGCCAGUCCAGUUUCAAACACUAUCUUGUCGUCUUUAACCCUUUAGCUGGCCAGAUCAUCGGCGUUUCUCACCUAGAGUCCAUCUCUAAGCUUUUCGUCCGGAACGACGACCGCUUCCUGUACUAUGGCAUUAUUUCCGAGCCAGACGAGCAGGGCAACGAGCUAUGGGAGAUCAGAUGUUUCAACCUCACAACCCGUAUAUGGCUGCCCGACCAUCUCGGCCUUGAUGUGAUUGGGACCGACCUCGGCUCGACUGUCUGUUUCGAAAUCUUUGAUGACCACUUUUACGUCUUGUCGAACCUCCGGAGCUUAGAUGUUGAGGAGGUGGACUGGGUCUCUUAUUACUAUUGCCUCAGAUUUCCCCUCGAACAACAUGGUUUUGAUCAUAUCGAGGAGCUAGACUCUACCCCCGAUAUUUGGCGGAGAGAUCAUACCGAGGGCCCCCUGGACGAUAGAUGGACUUUCCUCCGUCUCCUCAAGGACGAGGCCACUGGCCAGCUCAAGGCUGUCGAAUCUCGGAAGGAGUGGCUGAACGGCCGGAUCAUAGGGAGGCGCACAUACUAUACCACUGCAAUCAACUUUGACGCGGCCGAGGAGGAUAUCGGGUCGGACAUCUCCGCGACUAAGCGUCAGCAGGGAGCCGGCCCCAAGAGGUGGCCGCGAGACCCUCACAUGGUCCAUCCGGAGGACGACAGCUCCGCCCAGGAUAUUACGCUCACCAAGUGCCCCGUACGCUCCUACCACCCAGGAUGCCAGACCUCCAUCGAUCUAGUGGAUGAUUCUAGCACAUUCGAUCCGCAAGAUCAACAACUACGCUUCCGGGGGGGCACGCGCCGUCCAUGGACGCCGGGCGAGCUCGCCCAGCUGAGCCUCCCGGAAGCCCCCGAAGGAGAGCAGGACCACGAAACACUCCUGCGACAGAUCGACAGCAUCUACAGAAGCGACGCCGGCCUCUUCUGGCCGCCCAAGCAGGACCCCGCCGUCAACGACCCCGCCCUCGCCAAGCUGUACGAGAUCCUCAACCCGCCGGAAUACAUCGGGAACCCUCACGGCAGCUGGGACGACCGCUCCAUUGUCUACGCCACUGGCCCCAUGGGCGAAGGCCGCAAGGCGCUGGUCUUUGUCUCGUGGGACCCCUCCAUCCACCUCGCUGGCACGGCCCCAUACCCGGGCGAUUUGGGCAUCGACAGGCCAGGAAGCUGGGCUCACAGCCCCAUGCCCCGCCCGGUGGCCAAGGCAUCCAUGGGAGGGGAAGGGGAAAGCGUGGCGGGCACUAGUAAUGAUGGAAACACACACCCGAGCGGGGCAACUCAGCCCAGACGUGUGUCUUGGAGGAAGUCUCAGCGUGCAAUGUACCGUGACAUCUCCAAGGGGUUCCACUUCUGCCGUUGAGCCGCGGGAUUUCCCCCGCUGCGGGACUGGCCGAUUCAACUUCGCGCUGGGCUCGGACGGAGGGGGGAAGUAACUCC